UGACGUCAGUCCAUGACUGCCUUCCAAGAGAGUGUAGGGAGAGAGAGGGAGAGAGAGAGGCUUUAGAGCAGCUCGUCUCUCACAAAGACGGGAUCUGCCCAGAGCGCACAGGAAGCGCUAAGGAAACAUCACGACCUGAACUCAUUAUUAACAGUCAUAAACCGCAUCUUGGACACGUUCUGCCCACUUUAAGUGUUUCGCAUCGGAGCGUGACAGACACAGAGGGAGAAGGGGACGAUAUCUUGAGUGAGGACAAAAGCUGCAUCGGCAGGUAGGAUGUAAUUUUCAGGCCGAAUUUAAAAAGGAAAAUUAAGUGGAAAUAAAGCGUUAAUGUUUUUUUUAAAGAACUGCAAGUGGCAAAUUAUCCUUGAAACAAAGAUGAUACUGGAAGCCAGUUUCAUGAGCGUGAAGCAGGGCGUCUGGAGCGUUUUUAUAUCAAGGCACUAAUUAAAUCCACAUUUUACUGCCGAUGGACUCUCCUAGGGUGAGAUUUUCUCCUGAAAAUCCAUCUAACAUGGAUGUUAUUUAUUCAUAUGAGUUACCUGCAACUAUCUGUCCAGUGAGUGGGUGAGGUAAGACUGCAUGGGAACAUUUUGUAUAAUUCUUACAUGUUCUCUCUUUUUUUUUUAUGAAAAUAUUAGUGGACCUGCUGGUUGUCCCUGGACCUCAGAUUGAGAACUGCUUCUCUAAAUGCUGAUCUUACUGUGUUGUCUGUGAGCGGUCAGAGACUGAGCUCUUCAUGGAUGUAAUGGACUGUAAUCCUAGUUUAAGUUAACCUUUUUUUGCUGAACUGUGUAACCAAUGUAACAUUUGGGAGAGCAUAAAGAAAAAAAGCAGAUGAAUGUUUCUCUAAAAAACAAAUUCAUUCCUUUUAAAGUUGGUAAAUAUUUUUUCAAAAUGCUCAUAGACUUUUAGUUUGGAAACUCUUUCUUUUCAACAUGGAGAAUAUUUCCAUCCCUGGGGGUGCCCCACCAGUCUGCAACGUUUCUUUGGACUUCUAUUCCCUCACAUCAGGGAACCACACUGUCCUGAACUGCACUCCUCCCUCUGACCUUUAUUUCUACGCUGACCUUUACAUUAUUCUCCCGGUCAUCUACUCUGUAAUCUGUGCUGUGGGACUGACAGGCAAUACAGCUGUCAUCUAUGUGAUCCUCAAAGCCCCCAAGAUGAAAACUGUAACUAAUAUGUUCAUCCUGAACUUGGCCAUCGCAGAUGAUUUGUUCACAUUGGUGUUGCCAAUCAACAUAGCUGAACACUUGUUGCACUACUGGCCUUUUGGUGAGGUUUUGUGCAAAAUUAUCCUUAGUAUAGACCACUACAACAUCUUCUCAAGUAUCUAUUUCUUGACAGUGAUGAGCAUUGACCGCUACCUGGUUGUCUGGGCUACGGUGAGGUCCAAGCGCAUGCCGUAUCGCACCUACCGAGCAGCCAAAAUCAUCUCAUUAUGUGUCUGGAUCCUUGUUAUCCUCAUCGUCAUGCCUUUUACUGUGUUUGCCAGUGUUUAUAUCAACCCAAAUGAUGGCAGAAAGAGCUGUGUGCUCAGCUUCCCUAGCCCUGAAAGUUUGUGGUUCAAAGCAAGCCGGAUCUACACCCUCAUCCUGGGCUUUGCCAUUCCGGUCUCUACCAUCUGCAUCUUAUACACUAUGAUGCUCUACAAGUUGAGGAACAUGCGGCUCAACAGCAAUGCCAAGGCACUGGACAAAGCCAAGAAGAAAGUCACCAUCAUGGUGUUCAUUGUCUUGGCUGUCUGCUUGUUCUGCUGGACACCGUUCCACCUCAGCACCAUUGUGGCUCUGACGACAGACCUGAGGACCACACCGCUGCUGAUUGGGAUCUCCUACUUCAUAACCAGCCUGAGCUAUGCCAACUCCUGCCUCAACCCAUUCCUCUAUGCCUUUUUGGAUGACAGCUUCAGAAAAGCCUUCAAGAUGUUUGAAUGUAGAUCAGCCUAAAUGUACAACAGUAUGAAACCUGUCACAGGCUUACGGAGUGAGGACAGACUGAAUGGAUAGACUAACAUAACUUUAGGUUCAAACCUGAAUUCUCACUGUAUGUGACAAAGAUAUUUGGUUUGUUAAAGCUGCACUAGGUAACUUUCCACACUGUUUGCACAUAACAGCAAAUGUGUUUGAUAUUUGUAAAAAAAAAAA